AUGCAUAAAAAGAGUCCAAAGAAACUUAUUAGAAUCUCCAAAUUGCAUUUCGUCGUUUAUUUUCGAGCCAACGAAGCUGCAUCGUCUGCUGGCUGGCUGGCGAGCUUGUGCGUCACAACUAUCAGUCUUACUGGCUUCGUAAUUGCCAUCUCGUUCCUUCUGUCCGCAGAUUGGUGCAGUUUGAAAACGGGCGAGAACGUGCUAACAGAUCGGCGAGGGAUGCAGCACGCAGCGUACGUCAGCCGGACGAGGGAUGGCUCCAUCUGGCUGAGGUUCAGCGCCGACGCCAAGUACUCGCAGGAUUGGAACAAGGUCAACGAGACGGUCGCUCAAGUCGACACGACCUUCAUCGACGCAGAAACUAUCAAAAUACUGGACAGUUACGAUUACUUCGACGCCUGGUGCGUACUCACUGAUCUCGUCAUUAGUGUCAAGGCCAAUGCUUCAUAUCAUCCUUCCUUCAUCAGCGCUUACGAUCCAAGGGAGAGAGCUGUAAAGACAAUGGUCUUUAGGCAUGGAAACAACACCCGUUACAUCUGCAUAACUUUUUACUAUGCCUCUCGCUCAGGUUUCAGUUUUUCCUUUUAUGAAACCUUCAACAAACACACCUCAAAAAGACUUUUAAGUUUAAGGCUCUCCCUGAUUUCUAACUCCUCCUACCGUCUCUGA